AUGCCUUCCACCGCCGUCACUAACCUCACCCAAGAGCAAUACACCGACCUCAAAGAGGUCUUCAAGAUCUUCGAUCGCGAUGGCACAGGCGACAUCAGUCCGAGCGAGCUGCAAAUUGCGAUGAAGUCGCUCGGUCUUAAGCCAAGUCUUGAAGAGGUUAAGGAGAUGAUCAAGGAGAUUGACACGGACGGUGAUGGCCGUAUCGAUUUUGACGAAUUCCUCGAGAUCAUGGCUGCUCCAGCUCGCCCCGUCGGUAGUACGGAAAACGAACUCGUCGCAGCUUUUGAAGUCUUCGACAAGGAUGGAAGCGGUUCUGUCUCCUCCAGUGAGCUGCGCUCCGUGCUCAUCUCGCUGGGCCAGAAGCAUACCGAUGACGAGAUUGACGAAAUGGUCAAGCAUGCCGACCUUGAUGGCAACGGCUCCAUCGACUAUCAUGAAUUUGUUCAGCUCAUGGCGCCUAAGAAAUGAGGAAACGCUGGAACGGGCUGGAGAAAGCAAUUCGUCGUCGGCAACAAAUCUCCUUGCCGCACUGACUUCGACAUGUGUCAGCCGGAGCCAUGGUCAUCCCUUUCAUCUUUUGUUCUCACAACAAAACCUUGACUGCACGUGAUUAUGGUUGAUUCGUCCUAUAUUCUCCGUCUCCCACCGUAGUAGUGGUGGAAUUAUACGCAAGGAAACUAUAUUUGACAGAGAGUCGUCGAGUGUCGGUAGUUGUAAGUGAUCCGACUAAAUGUUGAUGCGAAAAAACGCCUCAGUUGCCAUGUUUGAAAAGUGUUCAGCAGGAUAUCAGAAUCGGAGCA